AUGGAAGCAGCAGCAGCAGCAGCUCAAGAGCUGCUCGCGCACGAAGCGCCGUUCACGCACUGGGCUCGCUAUGUGGAGCUGCGCAUUGGUCGUGCGUCUCGCGUUGUGGCCGUGGAGCAGGACCCCGACUCGUUUGUGCUGGGGGCGACCGUGUGGGACAGCAGCAAGACGCUCUUCCAGUUCAUCGAGCGUCAUCCCGAACGGUUCGAGGGCCUUAUGUCUAUCUGUGAACUCGGCGCUGGCUGUGGAGGCCUCGCGGGCAUCGCCAGUGCGAUCGUCACUCACGGACUGGCCGACGUCGUGCUUACGGACGUUGGACCGGUGCUCCCGUGGCUUCGACGCAACGUGCGAGCGAACCUGACGGAUCGGGAGCGACAGCGCGUCCGAGUCGAGCAAUGCGUGUGGGGCACGCCGGUGACGAGGCUGAAGGCGCCGUUCGACUGCCUCUUGUGUGCGGAUGUCGUGUACGAGAAGGCGUGUGUCAAGCCGCUCGUGCAGUCUCUGCUGGCUCUGUCGCACCGUAAGACUGUGAUCUUUGUGGCGAACGAGCGACGGGCGCCAGCGGUCCGAGCAGAGUUCAUGCGGUACCUGGACACGUACUUCCAGUGGCAGGAAGUGCCGGCGGGAGCGCUCGAGGUCGAUGGUCGGAAAGAGACGAUCGAAGUGUUUGAGCUGAGACGCAAGAAGCGUCGCGUGCCGCGGGAGAUGCGGAUCGGAACUGCGUCAGAGGAUUGGGACCAUCACAAGGGGCUGCACGAUGACGGAGAUGGACAGGACACGAGUCCGUCCGAUGUGUGGAACGAUCUGCUGCGAGACUUGUCAUCGGAUCGUGCACAUGGCAGCAAAGUGGGUGUCUGCGACGGCAGCAGCAGCAACGACGACAACAGCAACGACGACAACAGCAACGACGGCAACAACAACGGCACUUGUUAG